AUGGCGGCCAAUAAACAGCUGUGGGUUAUGGUGAAGGAUCCCGCUGGCAGAGCCGUGACAUCGUUCACCGUGAGCACGGACAGUACGGUGGGAGACCUUAAAGCUGCCCUGCAGGCGGCAGGCUGCACCACGGUCACGGCCCAUGAUAUGGGACUGCAGUACAGCCGGGAUCGGUUACCGGACACCAGCACUCUCCGGGAAGCAGUUCCCCUUCACAUUGUGUCUGCUGCUGGUGGCCCGGACGUUAAUGUGACCCAGAGGUACCGACGUAGCCCGUCCGCUGGUUUGGAGUUUUUGAUUUAUGUCCGCACACGAUGCACUCCUACACUUCGCCUGCAUGUGACCGGUUCUGAGUCCCUGGGGUCCUUGAAGGCUCGUUUAGCUGAAAUUCUUGGGGUGCCUGCAGAUCAGUUGGAGCUCUCAGGCGCUUCUGGGGUGCUGGAAGGCGAUGCCCGCUCCUUGGAAAGUCUUGGGAUCGAACCUGAGUCCACUCUCUCUUGCUUGUUGCGAGCAGGAGCUGAGGCGUUUGCUAUUUUUGUCCGUGGUUCUUACGGAAAUACGUUUGACGUUUAUGUCCAGAAAGAAGAGCUGGCAGGUUCGCUGAAAAGAAAAAUCGCAGAUUUGAUUGAAUUUCCGGUUGAUAACCUUCGAAUCAUAUGCGGGAGUAGACUAUUGGAGGACGACGGAAGAACAGUGUCGGACUACUCAAUUGAGGCAGGUUCUGUCGUGCACGUAGUCCAGAGACUUAAACAUGGGACGAUCACCAGCUACAUCCUUCAAUCCCAUUGGCCAAUUCAGAUUUUACCAACGGGAAUAUUUUUGUUUGGCCGAAAUUUAAAGAGCGUACAACAGAGCCAGUGAGACGUCAUCAGAGGAUGUCGGUAACACGUACGAUGGAAGAGACAGAGAGACCAGCAACACAAUAUGUACAACAGCAUAGUGAUACAGGCACCGGACCCUCUGCUUCCAUUUAUUCAGCACGUUUGAUGGCAGAAGUAGAGAAACAAGCGAUGUUGCAUGCACAGGAGGGACAAGAGGUAUUGCACACACAGCAGGAAAGUGAUACGGGUCAUGGAUCUUCCAUUUCCACAAAUCCCAUUGCCGUCAGGAGGCCUUCACGGGGUUCCGUUAAUGAGGGAGAAAUACCUAAUGUUGUGAAUCAAGAUACCAGCGAGGCACAUGCCCCGCACUUGACUGGUGAUGCGAUCAUUUUGUCAGGUGUUUUGGGGCUAGAUAAAACAGCUGCAAUGACUGAAGCAGCAGUGACAGUAAAUGGACAUAUUAAUGAAUCAGGAGCUCGUCCGAAAACGAGCCAAGGAGUUCUACAUUUUUUGGGGAACCUUCCGGCACCUGUGAGAAAGAAGGGUGCCUGGAAAAGGUCCUCAAGCGAGGACAGAAAUGUGGAAAAACGCAGAAGGACUCUACAGUGACUGAUUGUAUAUCUACUGGUAUUGUAUAUAAUUUAUCUAGUGUUAUGUUGACUGCUGAGGAACUCAAUGUACUAAACAAAGGGUUAACCUUUGUCCCAAGCAGAAUGUGUGUUUAUAGUGAGGUCAUUUUUGAUUUGAUGUUAUAUUGCAGGAAUAUUAUGUUAAAGUUAAUGUUCAAUAAUGAAGUAAGAGACCGGAUAGAGUUAAGAAAACCAAGUAGUUUUGUGCCCAGUAUGACACCAUCUUUAAACUUGUUCUUGAAUGGAUGUGAGAAAGAUUUAUGCAAGUACUUUGAGGAAAGGAAUUUUAGUGCUUACUAUAAUCUAACCCCUACACAAAAACAGGCACUUCAAGGGCUGAUGGACAAUAAAGGAAUAACUAUUAAGAUGGCGGACAAAGGUGGAGCCAUCGUUGUUUUGGACACAGAAUGGUAUGACAAAAAAUUGAGGGAUUUGUUGGUUAUGGAUGGAGCUUAUGAACAGAUUAAUCCUUUACAGGUUAGAAUGAUAAUAGACAAUGUACAUAGUGAGUUAUCAGCCAUGUUAGAGGAAAUGAGGAUAACCAAAGAAACUUAUGAGUUUUUAAGGAUAGAUAAACCCACCACACCCAUAUUCAAAGCCUUACCCAAGAUUCACAAAUCUUUCAGUGACCCACCACUUAGGCCCAUUGUUUCAGGGAGAGGGUGGGUCACGGAAAACAUUUCAAUUUGGCUAGAAUUUACUCUUAAGCCUUAUUUGGAUAAAAUUGGCAACAUCUUAAAAGACACAGGACAUUUCUUGGGGCUACUAGCCAAUGUGGUCAGACCGAAAGGAAGGAAGUUAUUAAUGGCCACACUGGAUGUUAACAGUCUUUUUACUGUUAUAGAGCAUGAGUAUGGGGUAGCAGCAGUGGGUGAAAUCAUUAGUAAUUUGGGAGCAACGGAGCACAUGCGACUCACUGUGGAAAGUUUGUUACUCUUGGUGUUGAAUAAUAAUGUCUU